AUGCCACAUCAGCCGCCUAACCUCUUCGCCUUCGCUCGGGCCUCCGCCACUGUCCCCCUUCACCGCAAACAACCCUGCCAUCUUCAACCCAACCACCACACACCCCGUCUAGUCCAACCACCUUCGGGUCCACCCGGUUCAACCGCCACAGGCUCUACCUGGUUGAACCACCACAGGCUCCAUCCCGUUCAACCGUCGCCACAGGCUCCACUCGGUUCAAUCGCCAUAGGCUCCACCCGAUUCAAUCGCCAUAGGCUCCACCUAGUUCAACCGCCACAGGCUCCACCCGGUAACCGUUACAGGCUCCACCCGGUUCAACCGCCACAAGCUCCACCCAGUUCAACCGCCACAGGCUCCACUUGGUUCGACCGCAAACCACAGGCUCUACCCAGUUCAACCGCCACAGGCUCCACCCGGUUUAACCGCCACAGGCUCCACCCAGUUCAACCGCCGCAGGCUCCCUCUUGGGCUCCUACUUGCUUUCCUCCACGCCAGAUGCCUCCCUAG